UCGAACGUAUCUCGGGGGAUGUGCGUUGCGCUGCUCUCUGCCAAGCACUUUCGGCACGCUCAGCUCUCGAUCUGUCGGCUAUAUCACUGCCCGGAUUUUCUCGAGCUUUAGCCGAUAUCGAACGGAUGUUCUCUCGAUCGAUUUCGCCAACGACGAAUGCCAAGCUCGGAUUUCACCAAGAUACAUCAGUGCGUUCAGUGUUUGUGUGAUCAGCGCGACAUCAGGUUGCGCACUGUGAAUUUUUGGAAAAAGUGCGUUGUCGAGUUAUCGUAGCACUGACGAGUCGUCACUGCUCAGUCGGGAAGUGUCGCCGCUGCUAAUCAACGCCGUCGGCGAGGGCAUAUACACGGAAAAACGUCGCAUAAACAAAAGACGAGAGGACUGUGUAUUUUGGGCGACGGAUAUGGAGACGGGCCCCAGCGUGACAGCAGCACGCGGCGUCGGCCGGGCAACCGUAGCGCUCGUGCAGCCACUCUUGUAAAUCCAACGACGACGUUAGCAGCGGCAAACUACUCUAGAUCCAAAUAAAUAGAAAAAGCCACGGCGUAUACGGCAGAGGGGCAUCGCCGACAAAAUAGUGUGUGCAUGUGCGUGACCUCGUUGAUAAUAUGCUAAAUGCGUGUUGCUGCCGGCUGUGAUAAGCAAACGAUUUGGUCAAAGUGUUACUCGGGAUAAUAUCUACAAAUAUGUCGUGCCGCCUGGAGCUGCUGAUCCUGCUGUUGCUGACGGCCGGCGCGUCCGUCGUUGAAGGACAAUUCCGAUCACCACGCAUCACGGAGCACCCGAGCGACAUAACGGUGGCGAAGCACGAGCCGGUCACGCUGAACUGCAAGGCCGAGGGCAAGCCCAAGCCCGAGAUCGAGUGGUACAAGGACGGCGAGCUCGUGCAGACGUCGCCGCUGGACUCGCACCGAGUGCUGCUGCCGACGGGCUCGCUCUUCUUCCUGAGGGUCACCCACGGCAAGAAGGAGCAGGACGGGGGCGUGUACUGGUGCGUCGCCAAGAACUCGGCGGGCAGCGCGACCAGCCGCAACGCCACUCUCACCGUAGCAGUGCUGCGCGAGGAUUUCCGCGUGGAGCCGCAGAACACGCGGGUAGCCGCGGGCGAGACAGCACUGUUGGAGUGCGGCCCGCCGCGAGGGCAUCCCGAGCCAGUACUGCAGUGGAAGAAGAACGGCCACCCCAUAGACUUGGACAGCAACAAACGGAUGUCACUCCUUGAUGGAGGCAACUUGAUGAUAACCGAUGUGAAACAGUCCGACCAAGGAAAGUACCAAUGCGUCGUUUCGAACAUCGUUGGCUCUCGAGAGUCAGCGAUAGGAAUUCUCACCGUCAAUGUGAAGCCGUACUUCCUGAAAACGCCCUUAAAUCAGACAAUCCUCAUGGACCAGACCGCGGAGUUUAUAUGCCGCGUAGGCGGUGACCCACCGCCAGAGAUUCUGUGGCGCCGGCACGAUGGUAAAAUGCCGAUCGGUCGCGGUCACAUACUCGACGACAAGGGACUGCGAAUAGAGCGUGUCAUGCCCGCCGACCAAGGCACCUAUAUCUGCGAAGCCCAGAAUGGCGUCGGAGCUAUCUCAGCGAGUGCAACGCUCACCGUGCACUCCCGGCCGGUAUUCACCAAUUUCCCAAAGGACGAGUCGGUGAAUCCAGGCACAGACGUGACGUUCGCGUGCUCGGCCAAGGGAGUUCCCGCGCCGUCGAUAUUCUGGACUCGCGAGGGCUCGCAGGAGCUGAUGUUUCCUGGCCACUCGUACCAGGAACGCUACACCGUCAGCGAGGACGGUAGCCUGCACAUUAAACAGAUCCAACGCAAGGACGAGGGUCACUACGUGUGCAGCGCCAUCAGCCAAGUCGGUGCUACCACUGCCACAGUCUUCCUCGCCGUACUAUCGACGGACGAGGUGCCACCGCCGAUAAUCGAGCUUGGCCCAGCGAAUCAAACGCUGCCACUGAAGAGCCAAGCCUCACUGCCAUGCCGAGCCGUCGGCACGCCUACUCCCAAGAUCAACUGGCACAAAAACGGCCAGUUGGUGCAACUAGGCAAUAGAAUAACGAUGGCGAGCAACGGUACUCUGUUCAUCGACGAUCUGCAGAAGACCGACGCUGGCAUGUAUACGUGCAUCGCUUCGUCCGAAUCCGGCAAUACAUCUUGGUCAGCAGCUUUGUCGAUCAGCGCCACCACGACGUUGCAUAGGACUCCCGAUAUCUCGGAACUGCCCCAGAAUCCGAGCAAGCCGAGGAUCGUAAAUACCACCAGUCACUCUGUCACCAUCACUUGGAGUCCCGGUCACGAUGGUGCCAGCAAGAUUACUGGCUACCACGUCGAGUAUUUCAGCAGUAAUCUCAACACCGGCUGGGUUGUUGCUGCCAAUGGGAUCGCCGAGGACACCUUUACCGUAUCCGAUUUGAAGCCCGAUACCAAUUACGUUUUCCUGGUUCGAGCAGAAAAUAGUCAUGGUCUGUCACUGCCAGGUCCGCUGUCAGACGUGGCUCAUACGAUGAGCGUCGAUCAACAUACGGUGCCUCAAACGGAACUGAUUCGCGCUCGGGAUCGUCUCAACAGUGAAAUUCUUCAGCUCAGCGACGUCAUUUCUCUCAGCAGCACCAGCGUUAAGAUUAUCUGGGGCAUUCUUGGAGCGCCAGACUUGGUAGAUGGCUUAUACAUUCGCUAUCGCGAGGUGUCAGACAAACCACCCGAGUACCAGAUGGUCACUGUAAUGAACGCUGGAGCAACUAGCUACGUGCUUACCGAUCUUAAAAAGUUUACGCGCUACGAGUUCUUCUUGGUGCCAUUCUACAAAACCAUCGAGGGUCGACCGAGCAACGUGAAAUCUGCAAUGACCCUCGAGGACGUGCCCUCGGCACCACCCGAUAACGUUCACGUCGGUAUGAUCAACUCGACCUCCGCCUACGUUAGAUGGGAACCACCGCCAAAAAAUCAUCACAAUGGCCAGCUCACUGGUUACAAAAUUCAAAUCAAGAGUAACAGUAGCAACAAAAUCCUGGGCCAGAUGUCACUGAACGCUUCGACGACGUCGGUGAUCAUCAACAGUCUAACCUCGGGCAACAUAUAUACCGCUCGAGUUGCUGGUACUACGCACGCCGGAACUGGCCCUUUCUCCAGUCCAACGCUUCUGAGCAUGGACCCGGGACAGAUGACUCAGAAUCCUCCUCGCAGCGAUCCCAACUUCAACAAUAACUCGGUCGUCAAAGAAACCUGGUUCCUCGUGCUCAUGAUCAUGAUGGUGUUCAGCGUGAUAGCUGCCCUCCUAGGGGCAGUUUACGUCAAAAGACGCCAAGCCAUGAGUAAGCAACUCGGCCACUUGAACGUACCGGUGGGCACGGCUAACGACAUCUGCCAACUGAACAAAGACACGCUUUGGUUAGAACGUGGCUGGAGGCCGACAAACAGCUUGCAAAGCGGCGGUGACAAGGACUGCGAGACGAAGCUCUUGAACAAUCACAUGAUCGCUCCGGGCAUCGUGAGCAUGGCUGGCUCGGAAUACGCCGAAGUCAAUCUCACGACGUUCUACAACACGAGAAAGCCAUCCGCGCCUCCCGAACCCUAUGCCACGACGACAUUGUGCGUGGCGAACCGUAGCCCUGAGUCCAUGGAAACCAGCGGCCACAAGUCAAACUCGAGUGACUCGUGCAUCAAGCCCGACUACUCGAGUCUCGAGUCGGCGCAGGACCACAACAAGUCGACCAUGUCACCGAGCAGCGACAACGCGAGCAGCGUGUACACGGAUGAGAACGCCGACCGAAGAGGCAACUAUCGAGGUCAACAGCCCCAGCUGACAACCUCGGAGUCGCAGUCGCAGACGCUGCCCAACUGGUGCGACAUGCUGCCUCCACCUCCGGAGCAUCCGCCUCCGCCCGGCAACACACUGCCCAACCGAAUCCAGCAACAAAACGCGGCGUUCAGCCCUCAUCUGGGCAAGCGCAACGCUACGCAGAACGGCAUCGACUCGAGCGGCAAGUCGCAGAGUCCACCAACGCCACCGAUUCGCGUUGGUAACAACUUUUCCGGCUCACCGACGCCUUGGAAUGAGCCCCAGCAGCAGCAGCAGCAGCAACAGCAACAACAACAACAGCAGCAGUCGCAGCAGCAACAGAAUUCUAGGUACACCACGUUACCGCCGCAAACCAACCCUCCACCCGUGCCAUCGUUUCCCACCAACUUCAACCACUACGACCUGUACAAGGCCCAGGAAAACGAAUACGAGAGCGGUUCGCUCAUCUACGGUCAUCACCAGAACAACCAUCUUGACGACUUCCGUAAUCAGGAGACUAGCUACGGUAACGAGGCCUUUCGCCUCAAUGGCGAUCUCUUCCGAAACGACCACCUCUACCAGCCGGAUAACGACGAGUGGGACCGUAAAUCGUGCGACUCCAAUACCCACUCGGAUAUGUGUUGCUCGUGCUCCGAGUCGAGUUGCCUUUACGCUGAUACCAUGGAGUAUAACAAUCAGUUUGCCGGCGGACAGCCGCAGCCGCAGCAGCAGCAGCAGCAGCAGCAGCAGCAGCAGCAGCAGCAGCAGCAGCAGCAGCAGCAGCAGCAGCAACAGCCUCUGCAACUGAGUGCCUCGUCGUGCGCUAACAAUACCGGCAACCGCAGCACUGGCUCGCGAACUCGCAACAACCGCAGUCCCAGACGGCGCAACAGGUCCUCCUCCCCAACCUAUAGCACCGACAGUAACUACUCCUGCAUUCCUCAGCGGGCCUGUCCCUCGGCCAAUUCUCAGGAUCGGCUCAGGCAUACCCGCAGCAAAGACAAAGUGCCUAGCUUCACGAGAUCAGGGGUCUACCCGCAGCACAACUCGUCGGCGACCAACUCGAUAGGCAGCUCGAGCAGCCAACGCUACAACAAGCUCAACAGUCUCUUCAGCAGCAACCCCUCGGAGAGCUCUCGGCUUAACGACCAUCGCGACAGCUAAGUUCCACCUGCCGUUGCCCGGGGCAUCAUACUCACUGUACAUAGAUGAUUCGACAGCAGCUCCACCGGGCCAACACUUUUAUGCGAAUCUCCUGAUCGACUUUCGUUCCGGACCGUUCGUUCUGUAACGAACACUUGUGCGAUCUAAUCGCUGGAAUCUUCGUGCGCUCUUUCUUUUAUUUUUUUUUUAAUUUUUUGUCAUCGAGCGUCGACAAGCUCCGCGAGAGUGGCUAUUUUUGCACGACGGCUUUGACGAACUAGUGAAUUGGCGAUCGAUGUGACGCUGCUGACAAGAUGUGCACGUUUAUAUUUUAGAUAAGAACGUUCCUACAAUCUUCUUUGAAAUAGAGAAAGCAAGAGAGAGAGGGAGGCGAAAUCUCGGGAGCUUCUUCCAGAGCGCAAUAAACCUACUUACUCACUACCGAGUGUUGUUAUAGAGUAAGGCGACCUAAAGUGCGCGCUCGAAGGUGUAUUAAUCAUAUCAAGUGAUUUUUGUAAACAUUGUACAGUGUCGAGAAUUGGAGCAGAUGGAUAAUAGUCAUUAGUUAUUAAUAUAACACGUCGCGAUGUAGAUGCUAAUGGAAGUUCUAUGGGGAUCAUAUGGCUACUGAGGUAACUCUCCCCCGACAAUUCAGUAAGAAUGUGAUUAUGUUAUUAUACAUCAUGUGAAAAGCCGAACGUAAGCGGUUCACGUUGUUUAUACUUUCUUAUUAUCUUCGUGUUCUUUUUAACGCUCUAAGGUGUACACAAUUUCUAAACUUAGCUAUUUGAAGAACGCUAGAGAAGCGCUGCCAUAUGCAUACAAAAGAAGAGCUUCGCUUAACGAAUUUUUUUAACUUUAUUUUUUUC